UUGAGACAUUCAAAACUGGCAUGUGUAAGAGCGUAAACUUCAUUCUUUCAUUUUUGUUUUUACAACGAGCAAUACAGAUGAAGCUGUUCCCUGUACUGGUGAUGCUGACAGCAUGUGCUGCAAGACCUCAAGAUUUGUCUGGUAAAAUGUUCACUUUCCCACUGGAAUCCAACAGAGCUCAUGUGAGGCUGAAUGCAUCGAGAUUGGAUUUAAGUUCUUUAACACUCUGUCACAGAUCAUUUACAGACCUUAAAAGAGACCACGUUUUGUUCUCUAUGGCUACACCUGUUCAUUCCAAUGACUUCCUGAUCUUCUGGGAUGGUACAAAUAAAGAGAUUGAGCCCCAUAUCAAGGACAGGAAAGCUGAAUUUGGAGGACGAGACUACAAGCCAAACAUGUGGCACUCUAUCUGCAGCACGUGGGACUCUGAGUCUGGACUGGUGCAGAUUUGGUUUAAUGGGCUACCUUCGAUUAGGAAAUUUGUCAGCACUGGAACAAACAUCGUAGGACCUGUUAUAAUAAUUUUAGGACAGGAGCAAGAUUCCCACGGUGGCGGAUUUGACAUUAAGCAGUCUUUCGUUGGCAUGAUGUCUGACGUCCACUUGUGGGAUCACAUCCUUUCCUCCUGUGAAAUUCAAAACUAUGUGGAUGAACUAAACUUCACGCCAGGGAAUGUGUUGAACUGGAGCGCACUGGAAUUUGAGAUCAUAGAUAGAGUACUGAUAGAAAAUAAACUCAUGACGUGUCACUAAUUAGAAAAUUACAAAGUCAAAAAUCUGGUCAAAAAAACUACUUUGUUUUUAUGUCCAUCAUAAAGAAUAUUUGAUGAUUUUUUUUAAACCCUUUUACGAUGAUCAUAUGAAAGCGUUACACUGGUCGCUGUGAUUAAGUUACAUGUUGGUUAAUCCAUGAACAACAUUGAGAACAAAAACUGGUGAGCAUAAAUAUAAAAAAUAAUUUUUUUUUUACGAAUUUCUAAUUGUAAAUUUAUUGUAAAGAUGAACAAUAAAUUGACAAUUCAUCAA